CUGUUCGCUUCUCAAACGGUUCUCCGCAGUUUUACAAAAAAACCGAUUAAAUGGCGGCAGAAGUUUUCCGUUGAAAUCGAUGCGUCGCAAUUCCAUCCAAGCGAACUCUCCGUGAAUAUUCGUGAGAACGAAUUAAUCGUUGAAGGGAAACAUGAAGAAAGGAACGACGAAAAUGGUACCAUUCAACGUCAUUUUAUUCGCAAAUAUGAAAUUCCAAGCGAUGUGCAAAUGGAUACAAUUGAAUCGAAUUUAUCCGACCACGGAGUAUUGAGUAUCAACGCCAGGAAGGUACCAUCAGACAUUCGCCGAAUUCCGAUUAAACCUUCGCCUCCAUCAAACGACAAUCAAAAAUUAGAUAUUCAAUAA